UAUAGAGAUUGCAGCCUGCCACUCUGCUCACACAUCGGCUGCCAAGACCCAGAGUGGCCAAGUGUACAUGUGGGGCCAGUGCCGUGGGCAGUCCGUGAUCCUUCCCCACCUCACACACUUUGCCUGCACUGAUGAUGUGUUUGCUUGCUUUGCUACCCCAGCCGUUAUGUGGCGUCUUCUAUCAGUAGAGCCUGAUGAUCAUCUAACAGUAGCCCAGUCACUAAAGAAGGAAUUUGACAACCCUGAAACUGCAGACCUGAAGUUUCUAGUGGAUGGAAAAUACAUUCAUGUUCAUAAAGUUCUUCUCAAAAUUAGGUGUGAACAUUUUCGUUCCAUACUGAAUAAUGACGAUGAAAUUAUAGAAAUGAGUGAAUUUUCUUAUCCUGUUUACCGAGCCUUCCUGGAAUACCUGUAUACAGACAACAUUAGGCUCCCUCCUGAAGAUGCAAUAGGACUGCUAGAUUUGGCAACACUGUAUAGAGAAAACAGAUUGAAAAAGCUUUGCCAGCAAACAAUCAAACAAGGCAUUUGUGAAGAGAAUGCCAUUGCUCUUCUUUCUGCCGCUGUCAAAUACGAAGCUCAGGACUUGGAAGAAUUUUGCUUCAGAUUUUGCAUAAACCAUUUAACUGUUGUUACACAAACUCAAGGCUUUGCUGAAAUGGACCACGACCUCCUGAAAAACUUCAUUAGCAAAGCAAGCAGAGUGGGAGCAUUCCGAAACUGAGGUCUGACUGCCACCAAGCUGA